AUGGGUUCAGCAAUAUCAUUACAUAUUUUUAAAUCAUCUGAUCAUAGAAUUGUUAUAUUAGGUUUAGAUAAUGCAGGUAAAACAACAGUUUUAUAUAGAGUAAAACUUCAUGAAAUUGUUCUUACUCAACCAACAAUUGGAUUUAACUGUGAAAAGUAUAAAGUUAUGGGUGGUUUUGCAAAGGGGCAUAAUUUUACAUUAUGGGAUGUUGGAGGACAUCAACGUUUACGUCCCCUAUGGAGAACAUAUAUGAAGGCAGCCUCAGCAUUAAUAUAUGUUAUUGAUACAAGUAAUAAAAAUAGAUUUGAAGAAGCUAAAGAUGAAUUAGAAACAUUAUUAAUAUCAUAUGAAUUACCAAUAUAUGUACCUAUAUUAUUAUUAGCAAAUAAACAAGAUUUACCAGGUUCAAUGGAAGUUUCGCAGUUAAAAAAAAAACUUGAUAUAUAUUUUGGAGAACGUAUAGUUGAAUGUAUUGGAUGUUGUGGUGUUACUGGUGAAGGUUUAGAAAAUAUUUUCGAAAUGUUAUUAUAUAUUAUUAAUUUAUCAAAGCAAAAAUUUCAGCAUUUAAUAAAAAAUGGAAUUACAAAGCAAAAAUAA